AUGGCCGACGAAAAUCCGGACUACACCGAGACUCCCUGCUCAACCUGUAAAGAGGUGUCGACCGAGGAUGAGCUGAUGGUUGGCUGCGAUUGCUGCAAACUGUGGUUCCACGCUCGGUGCGUCAACCUCAAUCCGGCUGACAAGAAGUCGGGGAAGAAGUGGUAUUGUCCGGACAAGGACUGCCAAAAGAAGAAGAAGACUAAGAAGUCUGUGGAGGUACCGCUUCCAUUGCCGCCCGAGUUGCAAGAAAAGUUGAAAGCUUUGGAAGAAACUCGGAAGCGCAUGGAAGCGGAACAAGAGAUGGAGCGAAUCCUGAAGGAGAAGGAGCUCGAAAUGGCUGUCUACCUUCAGGAGCGCCGGAUGAAGAUCGACAUGGAACUCCGAGAGAGGGAGUUCAAGCAGCGAGAGGCGAACCUAGAGGCGGAGAUGCAGAAGAAGGAGGAACACCUGAAGCGGAUCCAGAAGCUGGAGACCACAUUUCGGGACAAAAGCGCCUCCAUCGACAAGCUGUUGCAAAACAGCAGCACUCCGCUGCGAAACCCAGAAGUCAAACCAUUGACAACGGAAAACCUGGGAAAACACGACAAUGGCUCUGGGGGCACACCGAGCAAACCGGCUUCCAAGAAGACGUCCAGCCGCUCUUCGUCGGGGUCCAGCACUACCAGUUCCGUCAGUGGCAAAGGCGAGGCCGAUACGAAAGGUGAUGGAAACGACGAGAAGUCGGUCAAGCCGGGAAAAGCUGAGGAUUCUGGAGAGAAGCCAGACGGGCUGGGGCAGCACGGUUCGGGUCCAACGAAGGCCCAGCGAGCUGCAAGACAAGGGCUGACAAGGAAGCUGCCAGACUUCCACGGCAAACCAGAAGAGUGGCCAUUGUUCUUCGCGGCCUACCAAGCGUCGAACGAAGCCUGCGGGUACACGGACGUGGAAAAUCUCGUGCGCCUACAGGACUGCCUGAAGGGCAGAGCGCUCGAGGAGGUGCGUGGACAGCUCAUUCUGCCCAAGUCGGUUCCGCGUGUGAUCGCCAAGCUUCGCCAGAUCUACGGCCGCCCAGAAGUGCUGCUGCAAAGCCACCUGCAACGAGUGCGCAAGCUGGAGCCGCCGAGAGCGGACAAGUUGGGAUCGUUCAUCCCGUUCGGCAAUGCAGUGGAACAAUUGUGCGAACACAUCGAGGCCGCAGAACUAACGGCGCAUCUGGUCAAUCCGAUCUUGAUCCAGGAACUCGUCGACAAGCUUCCGGACGGGGAGAAGAGGAGUUGGGUGCACUACAAGCGCAAGAAGCGCGAGGUGAAUCUGCGUACACUCACCAACUUUCUCUCGAAGAUCGUCGAGGACGCGUGCGAGGCGACGGUCAACCUGGACUACAAACCGGACGUCAGAGCAGCGUCGGGAUCGAGCGGCCGAAGCCGAAACAAAGAGAAAGCCGCACUGUUCAACCAUAGCGUUGCAGAGGAAUCUACAGAGCGGCGAGAGCAGAAACAGCAAAGGCCGUGCAAGGCGUGCCAGUGCACGGACCAUCGGCUGUGGAACUGCGAGGACUUCAAGAAGCUGCCCUACGAAGAUCGAUCGAAGAUGGCGACGAAGUGGAAGCUUUGCCAACGCUGCCUGAAUGACCACGGCGGCCAAUGCAAGCUCAAACUUCGCUGCAACGUCGGAGAGUGUCGCGAGCCGCACAAUGCUCUGCUUCAUCCGGAGACGAGGGCAGUCGGCAUGAACGCACACAUUACGUCCACGAGUCCCGUGCUGUUCCGGAUGCUCCCGGUAAAAGUCUACUGCGGUGAGAGAUCAAUGAUCGUGCUCGCUUUCCUCGACGAGGGUUCGUCCCUCACCCUGAUCGAAAGUGGUCUAGCCGACCGUUUGGGGCUGUUGGGGACGAAGGAGAAGCUCACCAUCAAGUGGACGGCCAACAUCACGCGAGUGGAACAACAUUCGAGGCGGACAAAUAUUUGGGCGUCGGCGAUCAACGGGACGAAUGGCGAGAAGCUGCUGCUGCAAUCUGUCCGCACGGUGGACAAGCUGAUGUUGCCACGCCAAACACUUAAUGCUGCUGAAGUAUCGUCACACUACGAUCACUUGCGCGGGCUUCCGAUGGAUUCGUACGACGGUCGGCCAGGAAUGCUGAUCGGGUUGAAUAACAUUCAUUCGUUCGCACCGCUGGAAACGAAGGUCGGCACGAUUGUCGAUCCGGUGGCAGUCCGGUGCAAGCUCGGCUGGACGGUCUACGGACCGCGGGAUGCAGAGUCGGCGGGCGCGAGCUGUUUCCUCGGAUGCCACCAAGAAGUGACGAACGAGGAGCUGCACGAUCUUCUCAAAAGCCACUAUUCGCUGGAAGAAGCGGUGGUGACUGUGCAGCGGGAGUCGGUCGAGGAUCAGCGGGCGAGGAAGAUAAUGGAGGAAACUACACGUCGCGUGGGUGACCGCUUCGAGACCGGACUGCUGUGGAAGACCGACGACGUCAAGUUCCCGAACAGCUACCCGAUGGCUGUGAAGCGGAUGAAGCAGCUGGAGAAGAAACUUGAGCGUUCGCCGGAAUUAUACAACAACGUCAAGAAGCAGAUUCUGGACUACCAGGCCAAGGGAUACGCGCACGAAGCCACCGCGGAGGAACUGAACGAAAGGGAUAACAACAAAGCGUUCUACCUGCCGCUCAACGUGGUGGUGAACCCGAAGAAGCCGGGGAAAGUUCGGCUGGUCUGGGAUGCGGCCGCGACGGUAGAUGGAGUCUCUCUCAAUUCGAUGCUGAUGAAGGGACCAGAUCUGCUCGUGCCACUGGUGUCGGUGAUCUAUGGGUUCCGCGAACGACGGGUUGCUUUCGGCGGGGACAUCCGUGAGAUGUACCACCAGCUGAAGAUUAUCUCCGGGGACAAGCAAGCUCAACGCUUCCUCUUCCGGGACAACAUCAAAGAAGAGCCGAAAGUGUACGUGAUGGCCGUCGCUACAUUCGGGUCGAAGAGUUCACCGGCGUCGGCGCAGUACGUGAAGAAUCGCAAUGCGGAAGAGCAUGCUGGUCAGUAUCCGGACGCUGUGGCAGCGAUCAUCAAUCGGCUUUACGUCGAUGACUACUUUGACAGCGUCGACACCGUUGAGGAAGCUGUCAAGCGAGCGAAGCAGGUAAGCCACGUCCACAAAAAAGGUGGCUUCGAGAUUCGCAACUGGGUGUCCAACUCGCCGGAAGUGCUGACUGCUCUGGGCGAAGAGAAACCGAUGAGUCCGGUGCUGCUGAACCAGGACAAGCAAACACCCAGCGAGCGCGUACUCGGCGUGCGGUGGGACCCGGAGAUGGACGAAUUCGCCUUCACCGUGAUGCACCGCGAAGAACUGAUGAAGUACCUGAAAGAGGGGAAAAGGCCAACCAAACGGAUCGUUCUGAGCUGCGUGAUGGGAUUUUUUGAUCCACUCGGCCUGCUGUCGCCGUUCACAAUCCACGGGAAGAUCAUCAUCCAACAUUUGUGGCGGACCGGUUGCAGAUGGGACCAAGACAUUGACGAUGAAGUCUGGGUUCUGUGGAAGCGGUGGACGGCACUGCUGCCGGAAGUCGAAGCGCUUCGGUUCCCACGGAGCUACUUCGGCGAUGCGAUGUCCACGUCGGUCGAGAGUCUCGAGCUGCACAUCUUCAGCGACGCGAGCGAGCUGGCCUACGGUUGUGCGGCGUAUCUACGCGCGGUCAUCGACGGCCAAGUUCACUGCAGUCUCGUCAUGGCGCGAUCGAAGGUGGCACCGCUGAAACGACAAUCAAUUCCACGACUGGAGUUGAUGGCGGCGUGCAUGGGAGCGCGCAUGAGCCAGCAGAUCCUCGGAACUCACACGCUGCAGAUCGACCAUACCGUUUUCUGGACCGACUCGAGAACCGUCCUUGCGUGGCUGCACGCAGAUCCCUACAAGUACAAGCAGUUCGUCGCCUUUCGGGUCGGAGAGAUUCUGGAACUGACGAGACUGGACGAUUGGAGAUGGGUGCCUUCCAAGAAGAACAUCGCGGACGUUCUCACGAAGUGGGGACCUGGACCGCCACUGCAGAACGAUUCGGAAUGGCGGGUGGGUCCGGCGAUACUGUUCGAGCAGGAUGACCACGACUCACGACCUGAGCAGAUCGAGGAGACGAACGAAGACGCACGAGGCUUGGUACUGUUCCACGGGACAGUCAACGUAGAAGCGGUCUCGACGUGGACAAAGCUGGUGAGGGUGACUGCAACGGCGGUACGCUUCAUCGAAAAUUGUCGUCGCAGAAAAGACGGCCGUCCGGUACUGACUGCAAAGGCCACGAGUCGCCUAGCCAAGCUGGUUAAAGCGCAGCACGAGACGGAGGUCCAACCGCUGCAACAAGACGCGCUGCAGAAGGCCGAGAGGAUUCUGUGGAAGCAAGCGCAGUUCGAGAGCUUCCCCGACGAGAUGAGCGUGCUGACGAAGAACCUACAACUGAAGCAGGGUGAGUUGCCAGAGAAGAUCGAGCGGUCAAGUCCACUCUACAAGCUGCUGCCGGUGCUCGACGAGGAUGGGGUUCUGCGCGUUCGUGGGAGGCUGGAGAAGAACGAAUCGAUCCCGUUCGACAAGCGAUUCCCGAUCAUCCUGGGUCGAAAACACGCCGUCACCAAGAAGAUCAUCCAGCACUACCACGAGAAGUACGGUCACGCGAAUCGGGAGACCGUGUUCAACGAGCUGCGCCAGAAGUUCUGGAUUCCAAACGCACGGGCUGCGAUCCUGGAGGUCGUAAAGGAGUGUGUGUGGUGCAAGGUGAACCGUUGCGUGCCGUUCGUCCCAACAAUGGCGCCGCUUCCGGUCGAACGCACUGCAGCAACCAUGCGACCGUUCAGCGCGGUAGGCGUCGAUUACUUGGGACCGGUCGAAGUCACGGUGGGGCGCCGCAGAGAGAAACGCUGGAUCGCAGUCUUCACGUGCUUAGCGGUCAGGGCGGUGCAUCUCGAAGUGGUCCAUAGCCUCACCACGCAAUCGUGCCUGAUGGCCCUCCGGAGGUUCGCGUGCAAACGCGGCGUUCCCGAGAAAGUGUUCUCCGACAACGCUACGUGCUUUCGGGGAGCGGACGCGGCGAUGACGAAGGAGAUCAACAAGGAGUGCGCGGAGCAGAUGACGUCGCCGACCAUUUCAUGGUCCUUUAUUCCACCUGGGACGCCCCACAUGGGCGGGGCCUGGGAACGGAUGGUGCGAUCGGUGAAGGAGACGUUGCACUUGACGACGGACGAAAGCUGA